AUCGUUCUCGAAAUUUCUGUGGCCAGAGAACUCCCUCUUCCUCUCCCACUCACCCUCUUUUCCUUUCCACCACUGCGGGGAUUUCUAAUUUGCAGUUUUCCUUUUCCUGACGUACACAUGGUAGAUACAAGCUGGUGGCUUACAGACUGCGUCUGUCUGGAGAUAGGCAGCGAGCCGAUGGAUAACAACACUCUAGGAGAAUGAUUAUGCAGCAGUUAUUUAAGGAUAGGCUUUUGUGGUAUGGCAGCACGUGAGCUGAUUCUUCAGCAUAUAGUCUUGGACACAACGCGCUGAUUGGAAUCUACUUGUUCACCGGCUGGAAAGGAACAGAGAGUUUCCAUUGUUUAACAACCAGACACAACAUCCUACCAUCUGCUUAAACAGGCCAAGCGGUGAAGGCAAGGAACCAUGGCAGAGGAUAGGAAGGACGAAGCCAAGGCACCGCACUGGACUUCAGGUCAGCUAACAGAGGCUUCUUCACACCCACAUUCACCUGAAAUUAAGGAUCAGGGUGGUUCAGGUGCUGGACUGGUCAGAAGUGCCAAUGGAUUUCCCUAUCGAGAGGAUGAGGAGCUGAGACUGGGCGGCCACGAGCAGCUGGGGACGUAUGCUCAGACCAAAGAGAACGGGAUCAACGGGGAGCUGUCGGCAGGGGACAGGGAGACCGCAGAAGAAGUGUCUGCGAGGAUAGUACAAGUAGUAACAGCUGAAGCUGUAGCAGUUCUGAAAGGUGAGCAGGAAAAAGAAGCCCAGCACAAAGAUCAGCCUGGACCUCUACCUUUAGCAGUUGAAGAGUCAACUAACCUGCCUCCUUCCCCGCCUCCAUCGCCAGCUUCUGAGCAGACCGGAGCUCUGGAGGAAGAAGAAGAACCGAUAAAAAGUCCAAUGUCUGUGGAAGCCAAACCUGCUGCUCUUCCUGGGAAGCAAAUGGGGAAAGAGCAUGGGCCCACUGAGCCUUCGGACCAGGCCAAGGGCCUCUGUGAGGGUCAGCCGGAUUCUGGUUCGGAGGCCAAAGUGUGUGGCGAAGACAAAGUGCCAAGUGUGGCAUCCAGCAGGGACAGUGUAACUGCUGUGGUGGGAACACCCCUGAAAGACACACCCCCUUCCUUGGCUGAGGAAGCCACGAAGAUGGAAUUCCGUGUCCAGGAGGGCGCACGCCCUUUCGCAACAGGACCAUUGGACACAAAGCAACAUGAAUCUGGGAAAGACAGUAAGACUGUUGAGCAACCUAAAUACGAUGCCUUAGUUCCACAGCCAGCAAAAACAGAGGCUGUAGAUAAAAAGGAACCAGAGAACAAAGACAAAGAAAAAAUGCCUUCACCUCCAUCAGAAAAGGUCUUGGAUACUGAGUCACAGAAGAAAGGGGAAGCCAGUUUUGCAGAACCUGCUGCCAAACCUCCUGCUCCUCAAGAACAAAAGGACUUGUCAUCUCAACUGCCUAAAGUGAGCAGGGCAGAAGAAAGGACUGCAGGUGUGCCCUCAUCAACCAACCAAGUUAUGUCUAUCAAAUUUCCAGAUGACCUUAAAGAUGUCCAAGGUAUUGCCAUCAGCUGUGGUGAAAGUUCUCUAUUGCUGCCAGAACACAAGGCAGAAGCAGCUAAAAGUGAACUUCCUUCAGGCCCAUCUCCUGCUGUCCCCCAGGAGCUUUCGCUCAAAGACGCCUUCAAAACAAAACAGGAGCCCAGUAACGAACUGUUUGCCAAAGACCUCAGUAAAGACGAACAGAUCCACAGAGACAGGACGUUAGCUCUGCAAGAAGUCUCAGCACUAACUGUAGAUGGCCUGAAAACACCAAGCACCCCAAAAAUCCCUCCGUGGGGGGAGGAAAAGGACAUGACCAAGGAUGAGAGUGAUGAGGAAGAAAGGUAUGACUUCUAUGAUAAAGGGGAGGCUCGAAUAUUAGAUGAUGGUAAAUUAACCACAAAACCUGAAGUUAAAACAAUUUCCCCAGACAAAGCAGACUUUCAGAAGGAUGGUGAAACUAAAAAGUCACCUGAUACUCUCAAAACAGAAAAAGAAAAGGACCGAAGUGUGCUCCCAGCAACAAUAGACAUGAAAAAGGAGGCAGAGCCAAGCACACAGCUACUCCCAGCCAAGUUAAGCCAUGAAUGGACUCUUGAGAAAACAGUAGAGCACUCUGAUACCACUCAGUUAUCUGGAGUACUAGAGAAAACCCCCGAGGCACCAGGUUUAACCACUGAAAAGACUUCUAGUCUUGAAGAAAAAGAUGUUAAAAAAGAUGCCAAGGAGGAUAAGACAAGUGUUUCAGCUCCUCAUCAAAUGAAAGAGGAGGAAGAUCGUUCAGGAAUGUCGAAGUAUUUUGAAACCUCUGCUCUGAAAGAGGAAGCCUUCAAAGCAGAUGGUCUGAAACAAGGCAGUGAUUACUAUGAGCUAAGUGACACUAAAGAGAGUAUAUAUGAGCCUUAUCAGAGAGGUCGUCUAAUACCAGAAGAUGAAGAGGAGGAGGAGGAGGAGGAAGAAUUACAAACAGAAUUAAAUCAGCAGCAGGCUGUGCGUGCUCAGGAAAUGGGGUACAGUACCUUGGCUCAGAGCUAUACACCAGACACAUCCGAAGAACCUAGCUCCCCAACAGAAAGAAUGUUCACUAUUGACCCCAAAGUCUAUGGGGAUAAGAGAGAACUUCACAGUAAAAAUAAAGAUGAUCUGACUCUGAGCAGGAGUUUGGGACUUGGGGGGAGAUCUGCAAUUGAACAGAGAAGUAUGUCUAUUAACUUGCCCAUGUCUUGCCUGGAUUCAAUAGCUCUAGGAUUUAGCUUUGGUCGUGCACAUGAUCUUUCUCCCCUGGCUUCAGAUAUUCUAACUAACACUAGUGGAAGUAUGGAUGAAGGUGAUGACUACUUGCCAGUGACCACACCAGCACUGGAGAAGGCCCCCUGCUUCCCCAUUGAUAGUAGAGAGGAAGAUGAGCACGUCGCAGAAGAAAAAGCAAAACCAGAAGAAAAAGUCCAGCCUGAAACCUCAGUCGAAUCAUCUUUCCAGGCAAAAGAUUAUUACAAAAAUGGGGCUGUCCUGGCUCCUGACCUACCUGAAAUGUUAGACUUGGCAGGGACAAGAUCUAGAUUAGCCUCUGUGAGUGCAGAUGCUGAGGUGGCGCAGAAGAAGCCAGUUCCUUCUGACGCUGUUGUGGAGGACAGCAGCACAGCCCUGCCACCUGUGACAGAUGAAAACCACGUAAAUCUUAAAGCUGAAAGUCAGCUGGAAGACUUGGGCUACUGUGUUUUCAAUAAGUACACAGUCCCACUCCCUUCUCCAGUUCAGGACAGUGAGAAUUUAACGAGUGAAACCUGUCCCUUCUACGAAGGCACAGAUGAAAAACUGAGACGCGGCUUGGCUCCCGACUUGUCUUUAGUGGAAGUGAAGCUGGCAGCUGCUGAAAAAUCAAAAGAAGAAUUCCUUAGGGAAAAGGACUUAGGUCAGCAUGGUGAGUCCAUUCUGGUGAGGGACUUGGAGCAGGAGAAAAAAGAGAAGCUAGAUACUGUGCUAGAAAGAAGUGAAUAUCAAGUUGACUCUAAAGAGGUCUGUCCCAUUAAAGGAGCAGAGCCAGAGAAGACAAGAGCUGAGGCAGUGUCAGAAAGGAAAGAAGAAAGUGUGGCUGGUAAAGUUCAUUUACCUGGUGGUACCAUGUUUGACAGAAUACCUGCUUCAGAGAUAGCAGUAGAAAAGGAUUCUGUUUCUUUAUUGAUAGAGAAAGAGAAGACUCUUAGUGUUGUUCCUGAAAUAGCUGAGACAGAAGCUUUGGUUAAACCAGAUUACAAUGCUAUAAAGCACGAUAUGGAAGUAGCUGCAAGGAGAGCUGACCAAGAAAAUCAGAAUCAGUUAGAUGCUAAGAUUGGUGAGGUUGUUUCCUUUGUUAAAAGAGCAGAGGCUGAACCCAAAGACGCUCAGCAGAAAGAUGAGACCAUGUUCUCCAGAGAAGCAAAGGAUGCAGAUGUGCUUUCCAAAACUGAGCCUAGUUACAUGAAAGAUGGCACCAAACUGUCAGAAACAGAAAUUAAGGAAAAAGUUCCUAAGCCCGAUCUGGUACAUCAAGAGGCAGUUGAUAAAGAGGAGUCUUAUGAAUCUAGUGGAGAGCAUGACCAAGCCCAAGAAGGUUUGAAUGGAGAAUCUGUGAAACCAGAGGAUGUCAAAGCAGAACCUCCAAAACCUCCCAUGUCUGAGGAAGAGUUACCUGCAGAGUUACCAGCAAAGGAGACUUCUAUGGAGCAACUCCUUUCCAAAGCUGAGCAUCUCCGGGAAGAGCCUGCUGAGAUCCAGAUGGAGAGCAUACCACAGCCUGCAGAAGGAGUUGAAAAGAUUCCUGAUACAGCUGUGAAACCUAUGGAAACCCAAAAGCUGUUGCCAUGUGAAGUGGAAGCUGGGGCCACAAAGGGGGAAGAACAUGAGGAAGAAGAGGUGGAAGUAGAGCAGGAAGAAAAAGAAGAGGAUAAACAGCAUCUUGUAUCAGAAAUGCCCCCAGGCUUUGGGGAGCCUGCUGCUGAAGAAAUGCUAGCCAAGGGUAGCCCAGAAGCAGUGCCUGAACUGAAAGGCAUUAUUGAAUCAGUGGUGACAGUGGAGGAUGACUUUAUCACAGUGGUGCAGACAACAGUUGAUGAGGGUGAAUCUGCUUCUCACAGUGUGCGCUUUGCUGCUACUCAGCAAGAAGACAUCGAAACAGGAGACUCCCAGGCUGAAGAGGAGCUGGAGGUUGAAGAAGUGGAAACUGAACCCAAGGAGGGCUCCCCAGAGGCUCCUGCUUCACCCCAGAGAGAAGAAAUCCUGCUCACCGACUACAAGACAGAGAUUUGUGAUGAUUACAAAGAUGAAACAACAAUUGAUGACUCCGUCAUGGACACAGACAGUCUCUGGGCAGACGCUCAAGAUGAUGAUAGGAGCAUCAUGACUGAACAGUUAGAGACUGUUCCUAAAGAGGAGAAGGCAGAGAGAGAAUUGCGAAGAUCAUCUCUCGAUAAGCAUAAAAAAGAGAAACCUUUUAAAACUGGGAGAGGCAGGAUUUCUACUCCUGAAAGGAAAAUAGCUAAAAAGGAGCCUAGCACACUCUCCAGAGAUGAAGUGAGAAGGAAAAAAGCAGUGUAUAAGAAAGCUGAACUUGCUAAAAAAACUGAAGUUCAGGCCCACUCUCCCUCCAGGAAAAUCAUUUUAAAACCUGCUAUCAAAUAUACUAGACCAACUCAUCUCUCCUGUGUUAAACGGAAGCAGACAGCAGCAGGUGGUGAAACAAACCAGGCUCCUGGUGUAUUUAAACAAGCAAAGGAAAAACUCUCAACUGCUUCUUUGUCAAAGAUUCCUGCCUCAAAGUCUAGAGCAAAGUCAUUGCUUCCUCCAAGACCCAGCUCAGCUUGCUCAUUAACCACUAAAAGGGCCACUGUUCUCGAUACAGACAGUUACUAUGUUCAGCCCUCCUCAGCAGGCCCAAGAGACUCAAAAACAGAUGCUAAGGAUGGAGUAAGCAAGAGUCCCGAGAAGCGUUCAUCUCUACCAAGACCUUCUUCUAUCCUUCCUCCUCGACGAGGUGCAUCAGGAGACCGAGACAGAGAGGAGAACUCUCUCUCCCUCACAGCUUCUCUUUCCUCUUCAAUACGACGGACCACCCGAUCAGAGCCAAUUCGUAGCAGAACAGGAAAAAGUGGAACUUCUACCCCCACUACUCCUGGCUCCACUGCCAUCACUCCAGGGACACCACCAAGCUAUGCCUCCCGUACCCCAGGCACCCCAGGGACACCCAGCUACUCCAGAACCCCCCACACUCCUGGGACCCCCAAAUCUGCAAUACUGGUACCUACUGAGAAAAAAGUUGCCAUAAUUCGCACUCCUCCUAAAUCUCCAGCCACUCCAAAGCAGCUACGAGUUAUUAACCAGCCUCUACCUGACCUCAAGAAUGUCAGGUCCAAAAUUGGAUCAACGGAUAAUAUCAAAUACCAGCCUAAAGGAGGGCAGGUUAGGAUUUUAAACAAGAAGAUCGAUUUUAGCGAUAUUCAGUCACGGUGUGGUUCCAGAGAUAACAUCAAACAUUCUGCAGGGGGAGGAAAUGUACAAAUUGUAACCAAGAAGAUUGACUUGAGUCAUGUGACUUCCAAGUGUGGCUCACUCAAGAAUAUUCACCACAAGCCAGGAGGUGGGCGUGUGAAAAUUGAGAGUGUGAAACUGGAUUUCAAAGAAAAAGCUCAGGCUAAAGUUGGUUCUCUGGAAAAUGCCCACCACGUACCUGGUGGUGGUAACGUCAAGAUUGACAGCCAGAAGCUAAACUUCAGAGAGCACGCUAAAGCCCGUGUCGACCAUGGGGCUGAGAUUAUCACACAGUCACCAGGCAGGUCCAGCGUGGCUUCUCCACGUAGACUCAGCAACGUCUCAUCCUCUGGAAGCAUCAACCUGCUUGAGUCACCCCAGCUUGCUACCCUCGCUGAAGAUGUCACAGCAGCCCUUGCCAAGCAGGGCUUAUGAAUUUGCUCAUUUCGCAUUGUAUGAAGUAAUAAUAUUUAGGCAUGAGCUCUUGGCAGGAAUGGGCUCAGAGCAGGUGUUACAUUCAUUCUUUACCAUGUCUAAAGCUAAGUCACAUCCCAAGACUUGUAGUUACCAUACAGUUAAAAAAAAAAAAAAAAACAGAAAAAAAAUAUUUCCAUAGAUGCAGAAAUUGGCCUGACCUCCAUUUACAACAGGAAGACACUGGCUUUAUAUGGGUAUACAAAAGCAGUAUGUUACAUUGGACAAUUAUUGUUGCUCUGCUCUGUCUUGCAUGGAGUACUGUACUAUGAUAAAAUGCAUUUUUACCUUUCAUGUGCCUGAAGGCCAUCCACCUCUAUCUGAAGAGCCUUGUUGAUAUCCCAAGUUGCUCAUUUCACAGUUCUGUUGAUAGAUGGGGAAAUAAAAAAGUUGCCCAUUUUAAGUUAUUAAGGGUUAAAUUAAGAGUCUGCUUACCAGAAGGAAGGACAUAUAGAGAAAUUCAAGUUUAAUUUAAAAAAAUGUGUUAUUUUGUAUAAAUGAGUAGAACAGAAGUUGAAUUAAGUUAUUAACAUUUUCUUGGACCUGGUUAAUUAUGUCAGUGUAUAGCUGAAAAGCCAAUAAAUUAUUUAACUAAUAACUAAAAAUAGUAGCUGAAAACAUUUAAAUUGUGCUUUGGGGAAGUGACGUAAAAAACCUGCUGAAAGCAAGCACUUCCACCCCAACAGACUUGUGUCUGAUUAGAAAAGUUGGUUAAGCGGCUAGAUUUGUGUGCACACCACUGGUUUCACAUUCUUUCCGUCUGUUUGAUACAGUAUUAUAGAUAUAUAUAUUUCUCUGUGGCCAUUUGUGAUAUGCCCUCCUCAUAUACUUGAAUAUUCUACUUCUUUAUUCACAGUAUCUGUGUCUCUUGCACCCUUUGGUGUUGCAAUUUUAGGUAUGUAAAAGUAGAUGUUAGCAGGGUUUUUUUUUCCCUAUUCAUAAGAAUACAUUUAAAAAAGAUGAAAAUUUUAGCAUGAAGUUGCUUUCUGUAACAACUAAAAGCUGUGACCCUGUUUUAGUGCCAGAUGCAAGUCUCUUCUGUGAUGCUAGAAAAAGGAUUCCUUCCCUCUCCCCUUCCCUUCCUUUCUUCACAAAGGAAUGAUUUUUGUGGGUUCCGGACAUUUAUAAAAGAGUCUCCAAAGAUGGCUGAGUUUGGACUCUGGCUUUUUUAAAAAUCCACAAUAGUUUGGUUCAAGCUUUUUUUUUUAUUUCUUUCUUUCCUUUUUUUUUUAAACUCCCAUAAUAACGGUGAAUGUUAGAUUUAUGGGUUUUUUUCUUUUGCUAAAGUUGAAACACAGAAAAAAAGAUGUUGUUUCCACUCCUUUAGUGAUGUCUCACAUGACUACUCUGGCACUCAGACAACAGUGAUAAACAUAGCAGAGGUGCCUGUAAAUUACAGCGUAUGAGUAAAUAAAAAUGAGCUCCCUAGACUGGGUUGCCAUCACAAUUCAUCAAUAAAUAGGGCUUCUUAAAAUCUAAGCAAAGUGAGAUUGUGUUGGCUAUAAAAAAGUGUAAGAAAAAGUGUGCCUAAAAGAUAUAAAAGGCAGAGAUAAUGUAGCCAAGCGAUCUAGAGGAGUUACCUGAGAGAACUCCAGCACUAAGGGAACACUGAAGGUGACACGGAGGUGAUCCUCAUCAGCAGAUAAUCACCUGCUGAUGCUCUGUGUACACUAGAUAUUAUGAAAUGACCAGUUCACAUUAUUGCAGAUUGUUUGAACUUUUUCUUUUGAAACCUCUUAACUGAACUUUGCACUGUCAGUUGAGCUAUACUUGAUACAUGUAUUAGGUUAAUGUUGUGUGUUGGAAGCUUUUGAUCUAUUCUUUUUCCUUCUUAAUUUGUAUGUAUGCGUGUGUGUGUUGGGGUUUGGUCUGAAAAGACUCAUAGGGAAGAUUUUUAUGUCUGUGGAAAAGGAUUCUAAUAAUUAAUAACACAGGAUUCCCCAUCAUUAAAUUCCAGUAGUAAUACACAGUUACUGGACAGUAAAUAUUCAGUGGACCAAAAGGGGAUUUUGGCUAAGCUGCCACAGCAGUACAAAUACAAAACAGAGUGGUUGCAUCUCUCAAACUUCUGCUGAAUAUGAACUUCUGACAGCCCCACACAUGGCAUUUCAGCUCUGCAAAAAGCUUUUUCACACCAAUACUGUUUGUAAGUACCUAAUACUGUUUGUCAGUUGUUUCAUAUGAAGGACAGUGAGUUUAGAACCAUGCAAAGUGCAACUGGAGGAUUCUGAUUUCUGCCUUGUAUUUGUUAUACUUUUGCUUAAACUAAUCAUAAUAAUUCACAUGGAAACAGUGUCAAGUUAAGGUGCAUUAAAAGCCUCUUCCCAUUUUUUCAGAAAAUAACAGAAAGGAAACCCAACAAUAUUUAUAUUGCUCUGAUCAUACUAUCAAUAUGAAUUGGUCUUGCAGUGUUUUUUUUCUAUGCCUUUUGCCAGCGUGGGAGAGAAACUAUGGUACUACUGAAUCCUCUGCUCUCUGAAGCUGAGCACCAGCUCAUGAGAACAGUGAUAGCCCGAGACUCCAGUUUUUUUAUUCUGCUUUUAAAAUCAACAUACUCUAGAAAAUUAAGCUUAGUUAAACCACCUAUGAGUCCAAAGUUAGAGUGGUAUAACACACUGAGUCAUUUAUUUCAUGCAUUAAAAUGAGCUUUCUUGUCUUGAUUUAAGCAAAGACCUUUGUAAUCAUCAUCAUUCUUCCAUAGAAAGAAUCCUAGAAUGCUGUGGAUUUAGAUGAAAAGAAAUCAAGAGUUUUGUGCUGUUAAAUGAUAAAAAACCAAGUGAUGUUACAUAACUCUAGAUGUUCACUGGAAAAGCUCAUAUUAAUCUUAACUUUCUCAAGAAGAGUGUUCGUUUUAAAAACAACAGUUUGUAAAUAAUGUAAUGCCCACUAAAGAAGAUAGAGCCAGCUUCCUGGAAACUGCAUCUGUUGUUUCUUUUCCACAGGCAUGUUGAGCCAGCAGGUUUGUUGGGCGCCUGAGACCCAACUCUGUAACAAAGCAGAAAUAAUCCAGACAGAAGGAAUGGUGAAACCUUGUUUUGGUAGCUAGGGGAGCACCCCAAAUUUAAUAAUGCGUCAAGUUGUAGCAACAAAAGGCAGAGUGCUUCUUCCUCAUUUGGAGAGUUCUAUGUAACCACAAGCUGAAAGAAUUAAAAGUUGAGCAAACAUCUGUCCAGCAACAGUAAAGGAAAAACUAAUCCUGAUGAGGGAAAUUGUGAGCCCACAAGGGCAAUGUGUACUUUCACUGUACAGCAGUAAAUGGAAUUAUCCAUUCAGUGCUCUGCUAAAGUACAGUGGUAACCUAAUCGUGGCUGCUCACACAUCUAAGUUUGCCUAAAUACAUGACCCAAAGGGAGUCUAAAGGCAGCCUGUGUGGACUACCAUAUGUGAGCACUUUUUUCCAUGCUGGAUCAAAUACUGUUUGAAACCCAAGUACACAUGACCCUUCAAAGGCAAAUGCCUUGAAGAGUAGAUCACAUUUGCUAUGAAAAUUGAUGCUGGUAGGUUUUUAGCCUAGGUGUCUGUCGACUAACUCAAUAGUCAGAUUGCUAAAGCAACUCCCUCUGCAACUCUAGCAAUUCCCACUGCAGGAAGGUAAAUUAGUUUCACACUUGGAAAAGUCGAGCGUAUAAAAACCACUUCAACUUUAGCAAAGAGAAAAAGCCAACCGAUAUGCUGUAUGCUGGGAUGUCAAGGAAUAUCAUCUGCUGUUACAAACCUGUGUUUUUUCUGAUAACUCUAGAGCCUGUUACCAUAAAAGAGGCAUUUCUUGAAUGGCUGGUGGUAGGUAGUUCAUGUUUUUCAAUCCAAUUUGCAAUUGUAUUUGUUGCUGUAUAGUGAUUGUUUUGCAAAAUAAAAUCGCUUGUCAUCUAA